AUGGAGCUCGAAGUGAAAUAUGCAACAACUACAUCAUCUGUGGUUUCAGACAACAGUAAUAAACAUUCAAUCAUUGUACCGUCUUCGACAGAAAUUCCAGUAUUUCACGGAAAGCAUUCAGAAUGUCCAAAGACGUUUUUGAUCCGUGUCCAGGAAUAUAUUAAAUCAUUACAUCUCUGUAACCGUGUUAUAUUACCCGAUGAUAUAUCGCAGUUUUUACGGGCAACGGCUCUGGAAUGGUAUUAUCAAUUGGAUAUGUUGCGUCAUCGACCACAAACAUGGGAAGAAUUCAUGGAAUUGUUUCUCACUCAAUUUAAUCCACUGAUUCAAAGAGCCAAGUUAGAAACAGAAUGGAAUGAAUGUAAGCAGGAGGAAAAUGAGACCGUAAACGACUUUUUCGUUCGUCUUUGUGCUUUGUGGAGAGAACAAAAGUCGCAUGAAACUGAAACCGAUCUAGUCCAACAUUUUCUAUGUCGGAUGCGUGACGACUUGGCGAACGUGAUAAAGAUAUCUUGCAAUGCUUCAUUACACGAAAUAAUUGCCGAAGCUCAACAUAUAGAAGAAAUUUUAUAUCGUCGAGUUCAGAUUAAGCGAUUAUCAAAUCAACUAAGACAACUCUCGUUUCAGAAAGUUAAAAAAUUACCGAACAGGCACUAUGAUGAAUACUAUUCCAAUGAAACAACUCUGGAGCUGACUAACAAAUAUUCAGUGAAGGAAAAUGUGGCUAGCCGCUGUGAUAAUUAUCGACAAAGGCGAAGCGAACCAAAUACGAGACAUCGGAUGGACUAUAGACAAAAGAACCUCCCGCACUUUUGUGUCAACAACUCGGUUAAACUGUUUGCUGAAUGUCACUCUUUUGACGCUGAUUGGGACGGAGACAUGAGUAUAGAAUGUAUUUUUUGUAACACAAACUGUACAGAUCACUGUUGCUCGGAAUGUGCCAAAAUGCAUCGGGGCCUAAAAUUCCAACGAUUGCUUCGACUUUUGGGACAAUGCUCGGAAAGUAUUAUGUACUACGAUGAAAUUAAUUCAGUUGUAAGAAGAAUUCGACAAAUUGAACCAUUCGCUGUACCAUUGCAAUUCCAUCCUAUUCAAGUUUUCGACAAGAGAAAACAUGCGAUGGAUUUGUUUGCGAAGAGAUAUCUUGAGAAAGCAGCUGAUGAUGUACAUCAUCUUCUUCCAGUCGAUGUUUCUGCUGAUGGAAAUUGUUUAUACAAUUCUAUUGUUGUUUUUAUAGAUAAUUUGACAGUAACGGCAGAUGAAUUACGAGUUCGAACUAUCAUGGAGCUUAUGUCGAAUGAAAAUUAUUAUGAAACUAUGUAUUCACAAUUGAUUGGACCCAUCGACAAUGCUAUCAAAUCUAUCUGCAAAAAAGGUACGUAUUCCGAAUUAUAUGAAGUAGCCGCACUAUGCAAUGUCCUUCAAUGUAAUAUACGAAGUGUGUAUCCAAAAAUUAAUUUCGAGCAGUAUAUGACUUUAUGGGAUAGUGUCUUCACACCUGUUCCACCUGUUAUCGCCAAUUCUAAUAUUGCUAUUUUGUGGUCGCGUGCCGAAAACGAAGAUGAUGCCCGGGCAGCGAAUAAUAACCGAUGGAUUCCAAAUCAUUUUGUUCCACUUCUAUCACCGAAUAUGCAAAAUGAGUCUGACAGCCACAAUAACUCAACGUCAACCAAUAAAACUCCACAAAAGAAAACAUUUAAAAACAGUUAUACUACCCAGAUACGAAUACCCGAAUUUCAAUCAUCUCCUAGCAGACGAAUGCGAACUGAUGAAAGUCUCGAGAAAGGCCCGUCCCAGCCAGUCAUUUCUGACUCGGUACAAAAUGGAAAAAGCGACAGAGAAAAUCAGCGUCAGAUUCAACUUGAAAAGAAAAGACAAUACAGCCGAUCGGCUCGUAUGGAUGAAACCGAGGAACAACGUCAGAAUCGACUUAAGGAGGCACGAGAACGAAGUCGAUCGGCUCGUGCGGACGAAACCGAGGAACAACGUCAAAAUAGGCUCGGACAACAAAGUAGAUUAAGCAAAACCAAUAGACUUCGAAAAAGAUCUGAAAAACAGUCAUAUGAAAACACUGGUACUGAUCGAAGUAGUAUUGAAUCACGAUUUUCUUUUGAUCAAUCAUGGCCUGAACCAAUUGCUCGUGAGUUGAAGGAGACUCGUUUACAGCAGUUUUUAGAACAAAUGUCCAUGCCAAUUUUGGCUGAAGUUAUUUGUGCAGUUUGCAAUGUUCGCACUUCAGCGAAAGAUUCAAAAACAAUACCAGUUCUACAAAUUCCAAAUAUUCAUUUACUUAAAGUUUCUGAAGAGUUUAAAGGCUUGAUUCAAUAUUUGAACCAGGGCACUAGAGUUUCAGCCAUCAACAACACAAAAACAAUAACAAUAGAACUUGCAAAAAAUGCCUCUACGUUUAAUUCGCCGUCUUUUCUUUGCCAAAACGAUGUUAUUUUAUACAAAAGCGGUUUAUAUCAACAAAAUAAAGUGGACAUGUGCAGAAUUUGUCAAAAAUGUCAUGGUUCUCUUUUGAAUAAAUCUAUCCCGAAGUUUGCACCUGCCAAUAAUAUGUGGUUAGGUGACGUACCCACUGAAUUACAAGAAUUGACAAUUCCAGAACAAAAAUUAAUAUCACUUUGUCGUCAUAACAGUUGUAUAAUAAAACUUCAUUCACCAUUUCAUUCAAGUACUACGGCUCAGUCAGCACUGAAAGGCAAUUGCAUUACUUUUCUCCAAAAUGUACCCAAUAUUGUCGACAGUUUACCUCUCAAACUUGAUGAUUUAUGCGAUACGUUAAAGGUAAUAUUUAUUGGAGCUCGACCACCCAAUCGCAUUCAGCUGAAGAAGGUUCUUACGGUGCGGAAGAAAAAGAUAAUUGAAGCAUUAAAAUGGUUAAAAAAACACAAUAUACAUUAUCAAAAAGUGAAUAUAAAUCUCGAAAAUAUUAAUCAACUGCCGGAAGAUGAUGUGCCAGAAUGCAUUAUGUCAACCUUGGAACAAAAAAUAGGUGAUGAGGACGGUCAAUCUGAAAGAACUGGAUAUGUUCCUGAUCCAUUGUUGAAUCCACAAGAAGGCGCUACUGCAGAUGUCAUACCUAUCAGUAACAGUGCUGUUCUCGAUGUCAAUGGUUCAUCAAUAUCUUCCGAUGAGAUAGCUAAUUACCUUUUAUACAAAAUACAAAAUAAUGGAAAUAAUGACCAGGCACUUACUGAAAACAUUUACUUAGUUCCACAUUCAUCAAAACCUGUCAAUGAAUACUUCAAUCCAAAGUUAUUGGCAGGGCUGUACCCACAUUUAUUCUGUUAUGGCCUUGGCACACCCGAAGAUCAAUCGCGUCCAGUUAAAGUCAAUUUUCGAGAGCACAUUCGAUACUUAUUAUCUUACAACGAUCGCCGAUUUGAGACAAGCCACAGUUUUAUAUUUGUGAUUUUUAAUCUGUUACAACGCCGUGAUGCCUGUUUUCAUGCUCAACUGAUAGCCACAAAACCUUACUUUCGAGCAUCUGCUGAUGAAAUUCAAUCAUUGAGUAGUAAAGAUAUUGAAACAGCUCUCCAGAACAGUGUCACACAGCCAUACAGUCGUACAGAAUCCAAUAGUACGUUAAACAAGCUUCUUCAACAUAUUAAGACUAUUGGAGGUCGAGUUAUGGGUUCAGCGUAUUCACGGACCGCUUUGCGUACACAGAUUCAUGCGCUAAUCUAUAAUCAAGGAUUGCCCAGCAUCUUUCUAACCAUAAAUCCCGCUGAUAUUCACAGUCCUAUAGCCCUAUAUUUUGCAGGCGUGCAACUUGACUUAGACAAUAUUCGAAGUGAACAACUCAUGGAUGCUUACAAACGAGCUGAAAUCGUAGCAUCACAUCCAGUUGCCACUGCUAAAUUUUUUCACGUAUUAAUCACCAAUAUUUUAGAUACUAUCAUAAUGGGCGGUGUUCUUGGGCCCGUUAAGGCUUAUUUUGGCACUGUCGAAAGUCAAGGGCGAGGUUCUCUUCAUUUACAUCUACUUAUCUGGCUUGCUCAUGAUAUGACACCCGCUGAUCUCAAAGAAAAGGUUAAAGAUGCCAAUUUUCGUGAAAAAUUAAAAGCAUACUUGGAAGAUAUUAUCAAGGAAGAUCUAGAUAGAUUCAAGGAAAGCCCUGUGCGCCAAAAUCCAAACACACCAUGUUCAUCCGAUACUUCUCAACGAAACUCACAGGACAAUAUCUACGCAACCUUACGCACUAUCGAUUUAAUAGAUGGUGGUGAGAACGAACGCCAGUCUCCUGUUCGGCUAACACGAAGAAAAGAGCAACGAUCUCCGCCAGUUCCUGGUUGUGCAUCAACUAUUUCGUUUGGCUCUCCAGCAGCCCCUGGUUGUGCAUCAACUAUUUCGUUUGGCUCUCCAGCAGCCCCUGGUUGUGCAUCAACUAUUUCAUUUGGCUCUCCAGCAGCCCCUGGUUGUGCAUCAACUAUUUCAGCAGCCCCUGGUUGUGCAUCAACUAUUUCAUUUGGCUCUCCAGCAGCCCCUGGUUGUGCAUCAACUAUUUCAUUUGGCUCUCCAGCAGCCCCUGGUUGUGCAUCAACUAUUUCAUUUGGCUCUCCAUCUCGACGUCAGUCAUUACGGACACCAGCUCAAUAUCAGUCUGUACCGGAUGUAACCACCUCAAAUAAAAACUCAAAUAUAAUACCAGCUUGCUUAUUUGCCCCAAAUCCAUCAUCGCCUAAUUUUUCAUCGAGGUUUCGAGCAGAUAUAAUACAGCUGGUUGAAACAGGCAACACGCAUUACCAUACUGACACUUGCUAUAAAUAUUGCAAGAAGAAGGGAGGUCUCAAAAAGAUUUGUCGGAUGCGCAUGCCACGGAAACUAGUUCCCGUUUCGACGAUUGAUCCGGACACUGGUAAUAUUUCAAUGCGCCGCUCAGAUCCAAUGAUCAAUAAUUUUAACGAGUAUAUUAUAGCAGCUUGUCGUUCGAAUAUGGACAUUAAAUUUAUCUGGAGCGGUAGUGAUGCAAAAGCUCUCGUCUAUUAUAUUACUGACUAUGUCACAAAAAUGAGUCUCUCUUUUCAUGAUACGCUUUCUCUUGUGCAAAAGUGCGUAACAUCUGUUGUGGAUCCAUCUCAUCAAACGGAUAAACAAAAUGCAAUUGAAAAAUCACGAAAACUCGUCUUACGGUGCUACAAUGCCCUUGCUUCUCAACAAGAACUAUCUGGAGUACAGGUAGCUUCUUAUCUCAUGAACUGGAAUGAUCAUUACACGACACACAAAUUUCAAGGUCUUUUUCUAAUUCAAACUGAACGAUAUUUACAAGCACAGCUCAAUGAAAUCCGAGCAAAACAAAAACUAACGCAUUUAGCCGAAGAUGUAAUUGAUGACGAUAUGUCGGAUGAAGAUAUAUCUGAUGGUGUAACUACUAAUGAUGAGAACAACGAUGAGGAACAGUUUCAAGUUCAAUCUACUGAUUCUGAUAAGAACUACGUACUAGUUAACACAAGAAUUGAUUAUCAAUACCGUUCCGAUAUUCUGAACGCAACGUGUUUAUAUAACUUUGUUAGCGUUGUAUAUAAGAAAAAGAUGAAUGCUGCUGAUCUAAAAUAUUUAUCAAAGAAUACUGUGUUAUUACGAGAAAACGAAGGCAACAGAAGAGGUCGGCCACCUAAUAAACGUUACCCUUUCCAAAGUCAACAUCCACAAGCAAAAACACAUGUUUUGAUGAAAUACAGCGAACCUCAUGUGCCGAUUCUUUAUGGUCCACAAAUUCCUCGACAAGAUCGUGUUGAUACUCGAGAUCGAUAUUGUCGCGCAAUCCUUACACUUUUUGUACCUUGGCGCACCAUUGCUGAUCUGUGUGACCCCAAUCAAACAUGGGAAGAAGCUUUCAAUUCUCGCCAACAACACAUUUCCAUUCAGUCAUGGAAGAUUAUAGAGAAUAUUCAACUUUUACAUGAAUGUAGGAAAGACCGCGAUGAACAUCUUCUUCAAGUUAUUACUGAAGCUCAAACUGAUGAUGGAAUUGAUCCAAUACUUUUACCUCAAGAUAAAAAUUUUGACAGCGACGACGAUAUUGACGAGAAUGAAGCUUUAUCAGAUUUACUAAAAGACCUAGCUGAGUAUACAAGUACAGGAGUUAAUGCUGAAAAAAGAACAGCGGAAGAUCAAUAUAUUCAAGAAACUAUCGAGGCGGUUGAAAACGUUGGGCGAUUUAGUGAUAUGAACAUUCGUCGUUCAUCUAUUUCAAAUGAAUUUGCUGACUCCACGAAUCAACAAAUUGAACCAUUUGUUGCUGCCACAAACAAUUUAGUUAAUUUAAAUAAGAAAUGGCAAGAGCAACUGAAAACGGAAAAGGAACGAGCUAGGCGAGCUUUAAUUACAGGCAAUCAUGACACAGAAGAUGAAUCUUCAGAUGUGCAUGUUGAAAAACAUGCCAUGGUAACAGUAGUGGAUUCAAUUAGUGGCAAUAAUAAUAGUAAUCUUGCAGAUGCUGGUUUAAUUCUCCCAGUUAUGUCAGUUAGAAUCCAUGUUUCUACACAAAAAAGUAUUGCUGACGAAUUCACACUAAAUAGAGAACAACGUGCCGCAUUCAUGAUCAUUACGAGUCAUCUUGACGGUGACAGUCAAUAUCGUACAGGUCACAAUAAUGGUCAACUUAUAAUGUGCAUACCUGGGUGUGGUGGUACCGGGAAAUCACAACUGAUUCGUGCUCUUAGCAAAUACUUUGUUAUUACCAAAAGAAUGCAGAUGAUGCGAAAACUUGCACCUACCGGGAUUGCUGCUGCUGAAAUUGGCGGUAUGACAAUUCAUUCAUUUUUAGGUGAACAACGCAAUUCUAGACAACCACGAAUCAUCAAACCAGGUGAUUCAAAGCUUGAAAAGGAGUGGAGAUUGGUCGAAUAUCUGUUAAUUGACGAAAUGAGUAUGGUUGGUUUGCAUUUAUUAGCAAAACUUAAUCGAAUCAUUUGCUCUGCAAAACAUGUCGAUGCUCCGAUUCCGUUCGGUGGCGUAAACGUCAUUUUCUUCGGUGAUUAUUUACAAUACCGACCCAUAUACGAUUCACCAUUAUAUACUGAUUUUUCUGUACCAUCGAAAAAGAAAUCAAGCAAAUCGCCUACUGAGAAGGAACUUCAACAACGCGUUGCACGUUCCCUAAUUCUCCAAAUCAACUGUGUUGUGAAACUCACUCAGCAAAUGCGAACAGAGGAUUCUCGAUAUCUUCAACUUCUCGAGCGACUUCGUCAUGGAAAAUGUAAUUAUGACGAUUAUGAGUUACUAUUAACACGAGUUGUAGGACAACCAUCAGUAAAUUCUCUAUGUGAUCCACCUUGGAAUAAAGCGCCCAUUCUCGUAUUCCGAAAUGAAGUACGGACAAAAUUGAACAACAAGGCAGCAGUUCAUAGGGCAGUAGAGACGGGUCAAGCACUUAUGGUGUGUACUGCUCAAGAUAGUUGUAACGGCAAAUCAAUCGAAGAUCCAAAUUUGGUUAAAAAGUUAUUAGAAUUACCUGAUAGCAGAACAGAGCAUUUACCUGGUCUUUUACCUUUGGUUCCUGGAAUGCCUGUUAUUUUAACACAAAAUAUUGCUAUAGAACUAGGUCUUAUCAAUGGAAUGAAUGGAAUCUUUCGACAACUUGUGUACGAAGAAGAUUCUGUUUCCACAGACGGUAUCUCAGAAACGUUCCCCAGUAAUACACAAUAUAUCCGUAAACCGUUAUACGCCAUUAUUGAAAUCGCUCGGUCGAAGAUUGAAUGCAGUUUCGAACAACUUCAAUCAAAUCUCAUUCCGAUCCCGUUGAUGGAGCAAACAUUUCGUAUUAAUAUCGCUGAUCUGCUACCAAAAGAUAAGAAACCAAAAUCAAAUUCGAAAACAAUUCUAUCAGUUAAGCGACGUGCAUUACCACUUGUGCCUGCGUAUGCUAUCACAACCCAUAAAAGUCAGGGUCAAACUUUGAGCAAUGUUGUCAUUGAUUUAAAACUACCAAACAGAACUGAUGAUAUUGCCGCAAUUUAUGUCCCAUUGUCACGUGUGAAACGCUUGACUGAUUUAAUUAUUCUAAGAUGUUUCGAUUACAAAACUUUAUUAAUGAAACCAACUAAAUCGCAACUUGCUGAGAUGGAAAGACUAGAUAAACUAUAUACGGAAACACAGCUGCGCUUUGCUCAACAUUUCUAA